AUGGCGCCAGAACCAGAAAAACUCGCCGAAGACUGGUCUUCGAGUCGAGUUCCAGUGGUUCGACCUCUGAUGACGAAUCAGUCUCCUCUUCUGAUGUGGAUUCAAAAGCGCCUGACUGCUCUCGAGGGCCCUAUUCCUGUUGUUGAGAAGGAGGAACGGCCGGCACUGUCGAACAGCGAGGAUCCUUCUCGUGUGCGUUCAACUUCCGAGUGUCGGGUCCCAGAAGGAGACCUCGCCCCCUUCAAAGAACCACCGAUGAGGGAGUUGAAGAAGAAGCCUACGCGGAGCGUAAACGUUCGCCGCGGCAAGAAACCACCACCGACAGUUUCCAACGUUGUCAUUAGUACGGAACCCCUGACUUUUAUUGACUCUCUCUAUCCGUUGGGGGCAGAACCACCCUAUGCAGUGGGCAGACGGCGACACCCGAGUGCGGAGAGAUAUGUAACCAAGUUCAAACAGACGCGUGUGGAACUGGCUAAUCGCCUCUUCGCUUUUUACAACAAAGUUGUCUUUGACGAAACGGUAAUACCCUUCGACUUUUAA